UCCCAACUUAUAAUUCUGUGUAGGACUGUGAUGCGGCGGAACGGGUUCAUAAAUCGGUUCGGAAUUCGAACGAUCGGUUCAGUUAAUUUUGAAACGAAAUUCGAACACCAACCUCAUCAUUUCUGAUUCGCAUAUUGUAUUAAUUUGUUUCAUACAAUUAAGAAUGUGGUUUGGUUCGGUUCGGUUCGGGUAAACCAAACAUGAUGUCCACCCCGACUUAUAUGUUCGUACCAUAUAUGGAGGGAAAAACCACAAAAAAUGUUGAUACUUGUAGGAGUAAGCAGCAUAAUUAAAAUCUUCAUAGGUCUCAGUGAAAAAACGACAAACAUAAUGUCAAGACACAAGAGACCUACAAAAUAAAACUACAUUGUCACGUAAAUACUGGUAAACGAAUUGAUAUCAUUGUUAUCAUUACCAGAAACACACUAUCACUAAUUCACUAUAAUUGUGUUACCAUGGAGACCUAGACCCUGAUAAUAUGUUUAUAUGAGGGAAAAUUGGAAUAAUAAGAAAGGCAAAUGUGAACUAAGUCAACGUGUGCUUCGAACGCCAAAAGUUUGGAAGAUCAGUUUUCCUCACUCGUGUGAAAAUGCAAGUACAAAUAGAAAACAUGAAGACACGAAAAUGAAAUUGACCAAAACAUGAAGACAUGUUUGUAAAAUGAAAGCAAAAAAUAACAAAGCUAGAAGAAGAGAGGGAGAAGAGAAGAGUGUGUGAAAUAGAAAGAAAAAUGAAAACCAAAAAUUGAAACAAAUCCAACAAAAAAAAAGCAAAAGUAAUAGCAGCGAAGGGAGGGAGAGCGAGAGUGCGAGCGAUCGAGGGAGCUAAGUCGAAGGCAAAGAGCGAGCUCAGACACAGAGAGGGAGGAAAGGAAAAGGGAAAACCCCGAGCUUCUGGGCUUUCUUCUCAAAUCCAAAAGGCCGAAAGAAAUAGGAAAAAAGUGGGAACUCUGAAUGCGCUCGAAAUAGAAAUUUUGAGGAAAGUAAUAAGAGGCGCGAAGAAGGAAGAAUCGAAGCUGGCAAAGAAGAAGAAAGAUUCGAGGAAGCCCCAAACUCAGUGAGCUCUUCGGAUUUCUUCUUCCCCGUGUCGCCCCCCGAAAUUUCGUGAACUGGGUUCAGGUUAGAUAGCUCAAAUCAAUCUCCAAGCUUCGAGCUUUUUUUUUUACUCUCUCUCAGUUUACUUCUCCUACUCUUCAUUGUGCUUUCUUCAAUUCGAAUUUUUUUUAUUGGGUUUCCCCCUUUUUUCAUCUCUUCAAUUCCUGCUCUGUUCGUAAUUCAAUCCUCCUAACUCAAUGAUCUCUGUUUCUCAACUUCAAAAUUUCCCCCAAUUCGAAGUUCGCUGCUUUUUUGAAUUUCGUGACAUUAGUUUCGUAGUGUGUGGUUUCUAAUGGGUGGGUUCUUAUGAUUUGGCGGUGCCUGCAGGUUUUCACUACAGUACGAGGGUGCCCAAAGUUUCAAACUUAGGGUUUUGAUUCAUUAUGCCUUAGGGAUUAUAUUUGGGUUGGUUGCGGGCCUCCCAUAACUUUGUUGUAAGUGGGUUUUGAUCUCUAGGGUUUUGGAUCUUUGCCAAGAUGAGAUUUGCUGUCGCAAUGUGCUGCUUGUGGGUUGGUAAAUUUGGAGUCAUUUGGAAGCGAAGGUAACUUACAUUUCGGAAUCUGCAUUUCUGGCACCACAGUGUAUGGUUUGUGAAUCUGCUUAUUCUGAGGUACAAAGGUCAAAGAGGAGGUUGUUGCUUCAUUUGUAUUGAAAUGAUACGAUGAUGGCAGUUGAAUUCGAAGUUGAUUGGCUGCAGCAAUAACAGUAGCAUCCACAACAGCUAUCUGGGGGAGUUUUAGGGUUUUUUCCCCAUCUGUUGAAUGUGGUAUUAAACUGUCUCUUGAGAAAUGCAGCUUCAACAGAGCUCCAGAAUUGAUUUGGUCGAACUAAAGACUCAGCUUGUGAAGAAGAUUGGGGCUGAGAGGUCAAAGAAGUAUUUCUUUAACUUAAAUAGGUUUCUUAGUCAGAGACAAAGUAAGAGUGACUUCGACAAGUCUUGUUUUCGGUUGCUUGGUAGGGAGAAUCUCCCUCUACACAACCAGCUAAUCCGUGGGAUUCUGAAGAAUGCAUGCCUGGCAAAGACCCCUCCGCCGCCAGCUUAUGAUGUGGGCCCCACAAAAUCUGCAACAAUUCAGACAGCAAAAAGUUCUCCUUCUGGCAGAGAGGAUGUUCACGAACAAAGUGGGGCCCUUCUCCCAAAUCAGGGUCAAAACGUUUCCAUUUGGUCAAAUGGUGUUUUGCCUGUAUCGCCACGGAAAAUUAGGUCAGGUACUACGCAUAGGAAGAUUAGAGAUCGGCCUAGCGCACUUGGAACAAAUGGAAAAGUCGAAUGUUUCCCACAUCAAUCCAUUGGUGCAGAAGAUGGCGGAAGUAAUAAGAUCGUUAUGGAGAAUGGGGCGUUCAGUCCAUGUGAUUACCAGAGACCUCUGCCUCAGCAACUUCAAGCAGUGGCCGAGCAACCUGAGAAUGGAAGGGAAGCCUUGAUCCAACGAUCCACUGAGAAACCAAUGACGCAUAGCAAAGACAGAAGGACCACAUUUAUUGAUGAGGGUGAAGAGGUCGAGCAAGCAAACCACUUGACCUUCUCUAGAAAUCAUGUCCAUGCACCACUUGGUCUUCCAUUUUGCCUGGCUAGUAGCAUUUCUGGUGGUACCCGCAAAGCUCCAGCAGCGUUAUGUUCUGAUGAUGAAUUUGGUAUUUGUUACAACAGCGGUGUCUUGUCUGAUACAGAGAUGCUGAGAAAACGCAUGGAGCAGAUUGCAGUUUCGCAGGGCCUUGGAGGGGUUUCAAUGGAAUGUGCAAAUAUGUUGAAUAACAUGUUAGAUGUGUACUUAAAGAGGAUGAUCAAGUCCUGUGUUGAAUUGGUUGGAGCAAGGGCUCCUCAGGACCAGAGAAAGCAGCAGGCAGGCCUCAAGCAGCAGUUUCUUCCGGGGAAAGUUGUCAAUGGAGUAUGGCCCAGUAGUAAUCACUUGCACAUGCAAAAUGCCAGUGGAUCCCUAGAAGUAAUGCAAGAACAACAAAGGCCACAAUGUUCGAUAUCUUUGCGUGAUUUCAAAGUCGCCAUGGAGUUAAAUCCGCAGCAACUUGGUGAAGAUUGGCCUUUACUACUGGAGAGAAUCUGCAUGCAGUCAUACGAGGAUUGAAGAAUUAAUCUUAAAGGAGGAUCUCUUUAUAUCAGCGUUGUUCAUUGAUCUGCCUGCCCGGUUCAAAAGCCUUGGCCACUGUUGUUGAACAUUAUCGACAUACACAGUUCUCUUAUUGCCUGAUUGAACCAAACGGCUCUCGUGCAGAUGAAGAUCUGCCCUUCGAAAUUUGAGCUUCUGGGUUUGACCCAAAUGUCUGUACUCUCUCCGGCUGCAGAUCCUGCACUGAUCGGGAUAUCAUUUGAUGGCGACUAAGCUAGGGAAACUCCAAAGUAGAAUGCCCAAUGGCUGGUUGCCUUUGUUGUACGAUAAGCAUUGGUGUUGGCUGUCUCUUGCCAUUGCAGAUCUCAAAGUUCUUUUGUAUAAUUUACAGCCAACAGUGAGAAAUCUAUGACAGUUUUGCAGGGAUACUCGUAUGUAGCUUGGUGAAAAGGUAAAUCCACUGGUGUAACAGCCCUUAGUGUUGCUCUUAUGUAUUUCUAAAGUCUCAGAAUUGAUUUGUUUUCGAUAUGAAUAAUACAUCGAUAUCCAGUGACCUCUUGACUUUUCCUUGGAAUUGAGCCUGAUGAUUCUUGAAGGAUAUCACUGAUAACUGAGUUUUGAUAUAAUGGAUAUCACUGACUAAACUGUUAAUUACCAUGCCCGCAUUUUUGUGCGAACGCAGUAAAGCUUACUACUUUAGCUUUUACCAUAACGACCCUCAGAGAAAUAGAUGGUUUCUCUUACUACAUGUGAUAUAAUUAAUGCCCAUCUCAAGGUUUAGUAAGAGACUGUCUUCACCAACUCUUGUUGAUGAUAUGGUACUAUAUAUAACCUGGAACUCAGAGGGAGUAAAAAAUUGUAGAAUUCAAAUUGGAAAACAGCACUCUUUAUAUAUUUGACUGUAAGUAUUCAUGUGUGCAUUUAAACUCUCUUAGUUGUUGAUUAACGGACUCCUUCAGAGCUUCAUACUCUAUAUACAAGAUACAUUUAAACUGGAUAUAACCUAACUGAUUUCAGCGUCAAUGCAUAUCUGAGCUCCAGGCAAACUCAAAUGUGGCUGAAGUCAACGCCAUUAGACUUACAUUGAUGUCUUAUUUCUGGAAAUCAUCAUGGAAGAUAAGUAAUUUGCCACGAACAAGUGGGCCUUUUGACCAAUCUGCUAUCUUAAGAUGCAGUACCACAUGCUUGCUAUAUAUUCAAGUAUCAGUAGAAGGUGAAGACCAAGAAUGAGAUGUCAACCUCUUUUGCGCAGGCAAGAUCAGAACAAUGCUCCUCCAUUGAAGAUUGACACGGAGUUUGUGAAAAUCUGGUACUUGAAAAAUGAUUCACUGGUACUCGAUGUAGGAGUAUGUUGUCAAGUCUUUGUAAGAUUGUGGUAGAAGUAACUUGUUAAUCGGAUCAGACAAUACCCUUUUCCUGUUUCUUGUGCUUGUUCAAAUGUCUUUUACACUUAUUGAUGUUUGAAACUGCCUCAUGUGUACUUAGUGCGCAGGAUGUUGAGAGUUGCAGUGAUGCCAAAUAUUUUUAUGCAGCUGCUUAUCCUUUGAAUAAAUCUGAAGAAAGUAAGAAAAUGAUUCGACAACUUGUUUGGGCUUGCUCAAACCAACAUUUUCUGCUGGUAUGAGUGUGUUGUUUAUCAAACAAGACUGUUAUUUGUUCGAAACUCACUGUCUCAUUUGGGUAAACACUUGUGAUGUAUUUUUCUUUCUUGGAGAUGCUCAAAAGGUGGAACAGGCAUACCGCCUCUUAAGGUAAUGCCUCAUCAUUCUCCCUUGAUGUUUGAUAAGGUACAAAGUCUUCGGCAUUGUUUUACAGAUAAAACUGUUUUUGAACA